CUGUAUCCCUUCUAGUCAAAACCCGCGCGACCGAGGUUAACUUCCGGUCUGUCUUUGUUUAUCAACUAUUACAUGGCUUGUAAAAUGGCGCCGACUAAAAAAGCACUAAGAGUUAAGGUGAUGAGUAGACUGAAGCUGGGCUCAAGUUGUUGUGUUGUGGGAUGCAACAUGACCUCUGGAACAAAUGCCUUGUCGAAAAUAAAAAUGUUUCGGUUUCCCAGAGACGAGGAGAGACGACGAGCAUGGACCGCCGCUGUGCGCAGAGAGGCUUGGCAGCCAGGCAAGAAUACAAGGAUCUGUAGCACUCACUUCAUUAAAGGUGCACCAUCAGUGGACCCAUUACACCCAGAUUAUGUUCCAUCAAUAUUCGAACACAUAAACGGCAUCAGUGGUUCACAGAAGAAACGGAAGAGAACAUCUGUGGUUAAGUCCAUCCAUGCUGACACUGGAGAAAGAUGCACUGCUGUGGGUACAGAUCUUUCAAUGGCAGACAUUGAGCAGCUACAAAAUGAAAAAUUUGAAUUGCAAAGAAAAGUUGCUUUACUGAAGAUGAAACUGGAAUUGCAAGAAAAUGAGUACAAGAUCAGACUUCAAAGUGAAAUGUGAGAUUGUCUCAAACAUCUUUCAUGAAUGGCUCGAUGUGAUGGCGAAAGAGUUACAAUGCCAUGUCUGUUGAGCAUCCAGAAAAGAUGUCAGAAGACUAGGUUUCCAACAUGUUAGAUGUAAAAGAAUUUCACUGAAUGUUUUGCCACCAAAUGUGUCCGUCAUCAUGUACCAGCAUCUACAAAGGGAAUAAAAAUUGACAUAUUCAGUAAUAAACACCAACAACUAUUGAUUAACAGUUUUAUUGACCUAUAUAUAAAUACUGUAGUAUACACUUUCUGUUGCUUGUACUGUUCUUAAUGUAAAAAGUUAAAUAGCUUGAUGCUUCAAAAAAAACAGAAACAGCAUGCUUUUUUAAGAAUAAACACAAACCUUUUUUUCAUGUUAGACUGGUUUCAGAUCAGCACUAUUGAGCUGCUUUUGGGACCAUUUUCAUGUAUUCGUCACUUAACUGCAGUUUUCCCUUUACAAAUGCAUCCAUACCUUUUGGCAGCAUGUUUAAAUAAAAGCUAAUUGCUAAAAGCA